ACUAACAGUCUUAAAGCUACAUCGGUAACUUACAAUGGAAGACUUCCAGAUGGAAUUCUUUACCGGACUUGGGAUUCUAGUUUUUCUUAUUUACUUGGUGAAAUUCUUAAAAUUCCUUAAGUAUAUCUUCCCUGAUACAUGGAGCCCACAGCCAAAAACUUUCUUUUGUUCUAUGGGAGAAUGGGCAGUUGUUACUGGUGGAUCAGAUGGCAUUGGAAAAGCAUAUGCACUUGAGCUUGCUAAAAGGGGAUUAAAUAUUAUUCUUAUUAGCAGAACACUUGAAAAAUUGAAAAAUGUUGCUGCAGAAAUUGAACAGAGCACGGGUAGAAGAGUCAAGAUAAUUCAGGUUGAUUUCACCAAGAAAGACAUAUAUCAACGCAUUCAAGAAAAUCUUAGAGACUUGGAAAUUGGAGUUGUGGUUAACAAUGUUGGAAUGCUUUUCCACAAUGUACCAUGUCGUUUCCUUGAGAACAAUGAAGACCCAUAUCAAGAUCAAUCAAAUUUAAUCCACUGCAAUAUUACAUCUGUUGUCAAGAUGACCCAAAUGAUCUUACCACAAAUGGUAGAAAGAUCAAAAGGACUUAUUAUAAAUGUUUCUUCAAGUGUUGGAACAUUUCCUUGUCCUCUAUACUCCAUGUAUAGUGCUUCAAAAUCAUUCAUGCUAAACUUUUCAAGAGGACUACAUGCAGAAUAUGAAUCCAAAGGAAUCAUCAUACAGUGUGUAGCCCCAUUUGGUGUUUCCACCAAUAUGAGUGCCAGCACAAAGUCCAGCUUGCCAAUGAUGGAUCCUGGAGACUUUGCAAGGGAGUCCCUAAAAUAUGUCAGCUUUGGAGAUAUGACUUUUGGAUGUCUUGCACAUGAGAUCCAGGGAUUCAUUCUAAGCCGUAUUCCACUGUGGAUCAUGCACACAGAUAAGGCUCAGGAGAAAAUGCUUACAUGUUUGAAAGCAUACUCUUAAAGAAGAAACCUUGCAAAAGCUACUGACCAAGAUAUAAUCACAGAAUAUUAUGUUAACAAGUGAACAACUGAGGUUAUAUUUUAUGUGUAUAUUUUAUGUUAAAGAACAUUAACAAUUGUGACUGAUAAAAAAUCCAUGAAUUAAUGUCUAUAAAAGUUAGAUCUGUUUAACUUACGUUUUGCAAUUCAUGCUGUCAAGUCUGAGUGAAAUCACAGAUAUCUGGGGAUUCUUCUACAGUGUAAAGAAGGGAAGCUGAAGGACUAGUUACACAAUGCAUACUUGAGAAUAGUGUGAAUAAAAAGAUCAUAAGAAAUGUGUCAUUGAAAUGUUGAGUGAGAUGGGGGGACUAAGAAGAAAUUAAUUAUUUUUAAUUGUUUAAGCCAAAACCAAAAUGCAGGUCCAAUGACAUCAAGGAAUAGUUGUAAAAGAACACAUUAAAAAGAAAAAGAAAUAGAUCUGUUGUACACUAAACACUGCAAUGACUUCAUUAAAAUAAAUCAAAUAAGCAAUUUCUUCUUCAGAUAAAUUUAGAAGACCCUGUCAGAUUUGCCUUACUCAUUAGCAGUGAACUCAUAUAUAAAUACAACUUAUCACAUGAAGAUUUUGUUAAAAAUAAUGGUUCAGUGAUCUUUGUUUAGGAAUAUAUUUGAAAUUAUAACCUCAUUUAAACAUGGUAAUACCCAUGCAUUUAACAGCACUUGUUAUUUCAUUGCUUUAGUACUCUUUCAGUGUCACAACCCUUUAGCCAUAAAUUCACAUAAUCCUUUAUCUAAAA